GAUCCCUCUUCCCAAACCCCAAAUCCGGGGCAACGCCUCUCGGCCGCAGAAGCCGCGGGAGAAGGCGGAGGAAGAGGAGGAGUAAAGCUAAAGCAGGCCCUCCGGACGCUGGCCUGUGGAAAGCUAAGGAAGCACAAGACGGAGCGGUCCGGGAUUUGGGAAGGGCCCACCCUCGGGAGCGUCUGAUCCGGGUUAAGCGAGGUUGUGCCCGCAGAAGUGCUGGUUCCGCUAUCCACCAACGGCAGGACGCAGAGGCAAGGCGGGGGAGAACGAUGGUUUGGAGAAGCGUUUGCUCCGGCCUCAGUCGCUGGGAUGCUGGAUGAGGGACAUGGAAGAUCAGCCAAACCCUGUGCGUCCCCGGAGCCGCUCAGAUCGCACAAAGGGCCCCCAGCCGGCCUCCCGCAGUUUCCUCACCUGUGCUUGGCUGCCGACCCCCGAACUCGCAGCGCCACCGGGAGAAGCCCUGCGCGGUGCGUGGAGACAACAAGAAGCUGCUGCAAUCCCACGGGCGAUAACUGCUCCAACUCCACCGUCAGCGGGGACUCCAGGCUGGGCUCCCGGGAACGAGCCCCGCCCCUCUUUUUGCCCCGCCCCCGACUGGCGAGGAUCCCGGAUGUUGCCUCCUACGGCGCGCUGAAUCCCCCGCCCUUUCUUCUUAGGCCCCAGCCCCUUCCGAAUCCGCUACGGGUCCUGCACUGUCUAGGAAGAGUUUCGCUGUCUCCUGAAUGGCUAGAGCGUCCUCCCGCGCUCUGUCGCGCUGCAGGUUGCCGAGGAGCCCAGGUAGAAGAAAUAUGGAGUUUAGAGCCUGAGAACUUUGAAAAAUUAAAGCCAGUUCAUGGGUUAAUUUUUCUUUUCAAGUGGCAGCCAGGAGAAGAACCAGCAGGCUCUGUAGUUCAGGACUCCAGACUUGACACAAUAUUUUUUGCCAAGCAGGUAAUUAACAAUGCUUGUGCUACCCAGGCUAUAGUAAGUGUAUUAUUGAACUGUACCCAUCAAGAUGUCCAUUUGGGAGAGACAUUAUCAGAGUUUAAAGAAUUUUCACAAAGUUUUGAUGCAGCUAUGAAAGGUUUGGCACUGAGCAAUUCGGAUGUGAUUCGACAAGUACACAACAGUUUUGCCAGACAGCAGAUGUUUGAAUUUGAUGCAAAGACAUCAGCAAAAGAAGAAGAUGCUUUUCACUUUGUCAGUUAUGUUCCUGUAAAUGGAAGAUUGUAUGAAUUAGAUGGAUUAAGAGAAGGACCGAUUGAUUUAGGUGCAUGCAAUCAAGAUGACUGGAUCAGUGCAGUGAGGCCAGUCAUAGAAAAAAGGAUACAAAAGUACAGUGAAGGUGAAAUUCGAUUUAACUUAAUGGCCAUUGUGUCUGACAGAAAAAUGAUAUAUGAACAGAAGAUAGCAGAGUUACAAAGACAACUUGCUGAGGAGGAACCCAUGGAUACAGACCAGGGUAAUAAUAUGUUAAGUGCUAUUCAGUCAGAGGUUGCCAAAAACCAGAUGCUUAUUGAAGAAGAAGUACAGAAACUAAAAAGAUAUAAGAUUGAAAAUAUCAGAAGAAAGCAUAAUUACCUGCCUUUCAUUAUGGAGUUAUUAAAGACUUUAGCAGAACACCAACAGCUAAUACCACUAGUAGAAAAGGCAAAAGAAAAACAGAAUGCAAAGAAAGCACAGGAAACCAAAUGAAGAAGAUGCUUUGGGAUGUAUACACAUUUCUGCUCCUGCACUUAUUUUCAUGGAAACCAUUAAGUAUAAAGAACUUUGAGCAACAUCCUAAUUGACUCAAUGCACGUUUGGCAAUAGUACCAGUCUGUCUUGUCUUUAAUGCAUGGAUUCUUUCCCUACCUGCAUCAUGUGCAUGUAGUGCAUAUAAAUAAAAGUGAUAUUAAGAGUG